GCGGCGUACCAAGAUCGCUUCCGGGUGUGACUCCAAGACCACGAGCGGCGAUUGGGCGGCCUAGACGGGGCACUUCCGGUGCCCAGGUGCUUGGGCUCUUGGCAGGAGAAGGAAGAUGGAGCCCGGCGCCGCGGCCCGCGCUUGGUCUUUCCUGUGGCUGCUGCUGCUCUUGCUUGGCCCGGCCUGCGCUAGCGGUCCUCGUACCUUAGUGCUGCUGGACAACCUCAACCUGCGGGAGACGCACUCGCUUUUUUUCCGAAGCCUGAAGGACAGGGCCUUUGAACUCACAUUCAAGACCGCAGAUGACCCCAGCCUGUCCCUCAUUAAGUACGGAGAGUUCCUCUACGACAACCUCAUCAUCUUCUCCCCCUCGGUAGAAGAUUUCGGAGGCAACAUCAACGUGGAGACCAUCAGUACCUUUAUCGACGGGGGAGGCAGUGUCCUGGUGGCUGCCAGCUCAGACAUUGGUGACCCUCUUCGAGAGCUGGGCAGUGAGUGUGGGAUUGAAUUUGAUGAGGAGAAGACAGCUGUCAUUGACCAUCACAACUAUGACAUCUCAGACCUUGGCCAGCAUACACUCGUUGUGGCUGACCCCGAGAACCUGUUGAAGGCCCCAACCAUUGUCGGGAGAUCAUCUCUGAACCCCAUCCUCUUUCGAGGUGUUGGGAUGGUAGCAGAUCCUGACAAUCCUUUGGUAUUGGACAUCCUGACGGGCUCUUCCACCUCUUACUCCUUCUUCCCGGAUAAACCCAUCACCCAGUACCCCCAUGCAGUGGGGAAGAACACCCUGCUCAUUGCUGGGCUCCAGGCCAGGAACAACGCCCGGGUCAUCUUCAGUGGCUCCCUGGACUUCUUCAGCGACGCCUUCUUCAACUCGGCAGUGCAGAAGGCCGCGCCCGGCUCCCAGAGGUAUUCCCAGACAGGCAACUACGAGCUAGCUCUGGCCCUCUCCCGCUGGGUGUUCAAGGAGGAAGGGGUCCUCCGUGUGGGGCCCGUGUCCCACCAUCGGGUGGGUGAGACAGCCCCACCCAACGCCUACACCGUCACUGACCUCGUGGAGUACAGCAUUGUGAUCGAGCAGCUCUCAAAUGGCAGGUGGGUCCCCUUUGAUGGUGACGACAUUCAGCUGGAAUUUGUCCGCAUCGAUCCUUUUGUGAGGACGUUCUUGAAGAAGAAAGGUGGCAAAUACAGUGUCCAGUUCAAGUUGCCUGAUGUGUAUGGAGUGUUCCAGUUUAAAGUGGAUUACAACCGGCUAGGCUACACGCACUUGCAUUCUUCCACUCAGGUGUCCGUGAGGCCGCUCCAGCACACGCAGUACGAGCGCUUCAUCCCCUCGGCCUAUCCCUACUACGCCAGUGCCUUCUCCAUGAUGCUGGGGCUCUUCGUCUUCAGCACGGUCUUCUUACACAUGAAGGAGAAGGAGAAGUCAGACUGAGGGCGCAGAGCCCUGGGCCUCCAGACACGCAGAUGGGGGUCAUGUAGGAAUGGGCCUUCCUUUAUGGUGUUUUUUUCUUUUUUUAUAAAGCUGUGUGACCGUGACACAGCCUUACCUCAGGGGGAGAUGCAGCAUUGAGUACCAAGGGUUGGGGGUUGGGGACUGCUUUUUAUGUGUGUUUUUCCACCUAACGCUAAGUGGUAUUUUUCAUAUGUGGUCACACUCAUUUCUAAAAUAAACAUUGCCCUCCAAUUU